AUGGCUGGAGCUGUCCGGCAGCAGAUUGAUAUUCCCGCCCUGGAGCGGUAUAUCGAGCUGAAUGUACCCCUUAUCAAGACGCCGUUGGAGGUGAAGCAGUUCGGGUUUGGCCAGUCGAACCCGACGUACCAGCUCAUUGCCGCCGAUGGGAAUAAAUUCGUCAUGCGCAAGAAACCGCCAGGGCAGCUUUUGUCAAAGACGGCACAUAAGGUGGAGCGGGAAUAUAAGAUUAUUCACGCGCUGGAGCAAACGGACGUACCUGUUCCCAAGGCGUAUUGUCUCUGCGAGGAUAGCAGCGUUAUUGGGACGCCCUUCUAUAUCAUGGAGUUCCUAGAUGGGAGGAUAUUCACGGACCCAACGAUCCCAGACGUCGCACCAGGAGAAAGAACAGCUCUAUGGAAAGAUGCAGUCCGCACUUUAGCAAAGUUCCACCGCGUGGUCCCUAAAUCUGUUGGCCUAGAAACAUUCGGCAAACCAAGCGGCUUCUACGACCGUCAGAUUGCAACAUUCACAACUGUCUCAAAAGCGCAAGCGCAAGCCGUUGACGUCGAAACAAACGAGCCGGUCGGCGAUCUCCCACACUUCAUGGAAAUGGUGCGCUUCUUCCAGGACAAGUCUGCGCAACCUAAAGACCGCGGCACUUUAGUGCAUGGCGAUUACAAAAUCGACAACCUGGUCUUUCAUAAGUCCGAACCCCGCGUUAUUGGUAUACUCGACUGGGAAAUGGCGACCGUCGGCCACCCGCUCUCGGACUUUUGCAAUCUCACCAGCCCGUACUUCCUCGAGGGCACAGAGUAUAAUGCGGAGAACUUCCAGCCGGGCGCUGUGCCCGGUCUCCCCACGCGCGAGGACUGUCUGCGCUGGUACAGCGAAUUCGCUGGGUAUGACCCAACCCCGGAGAUUGUUUGGGGCGAUGCCUUCUUUUCGUGGAGGAGCUCGGUCAUCAUGCAAGGUAUCAAGGCUCGCUAUGCGUUGAGACAGGCUAGUAGUGCGCGGGCGGCAGAGUACGCCCAGAAGACGGUGCCCUUUGCCCUUGGAGCAUGGGAGCGCGUGCAAAAGGUACAGAAUGGGCUGCGGCAGAAGGGCAAAUUGUAG